CCCUCGUUCUGGGCGAGCGGUCUCGGGUUCGGAUUUGCGUUUGUUUAUGUCGUAAGAGCGUUCCACUCGCACUCACAUUCACGUUCACAUUCACAUUCGCAUUCGCAUUCACAAAUACAUUCACACAGACGCACUCAUUUGCCGCCUGCCAAGAUGAGCAAAUUUUUGGACUUGGGCCUUGGCAUUUCAAUAAUCAAUUGGUACUACUCGCUAUCAUAUUUUCUAAUGUGGUGCGUGGCACUACGGCUUACAACAGACGAUGACAAUGAGCCGUUUGUUUGGCUAACCGUUUACAUGGGCAACGUGCUUCUCAAUGUGUUUCUCUUCAUCGGCCUGCGGAAGAGAGAUCGCCUGGCGGUCAAAAUAUGGUUCUCUUUGACGCUGCUCUGGUUCCUGCCCAAACUGUAUGACCACAAAAGGGGUUGUCGACUGGACGCGCGCGGUUUAACGUACCGAAUCGUCAACAUACUCAUGGAAAGCUAUGUUAUCAUAUCUUUUGCCGUCAUGAUGCUGGUUUAUUCCCAUCUGCCCAAGAAGCGGCCCAAGACUGAGCAGCGCUCAAGACAUAAGACAUAUGCAGAUGCCCCCGAUAUACAAAUGGUGGAUCUGAGCUCAAAAGUGGCAGCUAUUGCGCCCCUGGCAACUGAGGAAGUGUUUACGGACGAGGAGGCGGAGGAAAGGGAGAGGGAGAGGGAGAAGGAGAAGGAGGAACAGUGCCUGCCUGGCAGCAGCAAGCAACAGGUGUUUGAGUUCCAUCGCGCUGCCGGCGAUGAUUAGCAUAUUGUAAAAAGUUCUUAACUAUAUAUAUAUGUACAUAUGUAUUUUUGUUUAUGUAUAUAUCUAUAUAUAUUUCUUAACAUUCCCGCACAAUUUCAAAUGCAACUUUAAUUGUUGUCACAAAUUUCACACUCGUUCCAGAAAUGCGUAGCCUUUUAUACAACAGACUUAAAACUUUACACUAACAUAUUACUAUUAUGUAGUUAAAUUGUUAAGUUUCUUUUAUUAUAUAUUUUUAGAAAGAAUGAGAGAGGGACAAUAAUAAAAAAUCAACUGCGACUCGCAGUCGCAACUUAUCAUUGCA